AAGCCCUGGGAGGGGACCCGGAGCAGGGCUGGGCAGGAGACAAAGCUCUUCUCUCCUUCCUCAUGACGCAGCAGCCUGAAAUCAACUUUUAGCCCAGCCCUGCUACAACCCGUUGCUCCUUAUUUACCCUUCAAACAGGAAAAGCAACUCUCAGUAUAGCUCUUUUACAAAUUUUCUAUGCCAAGCCUCACUAAAGGGCUGCUUUAGUUAACAUUAGGCUCUUUAACGCUGAGCGCACAUCUCACAGGUAACAAUUUGCCUUAGGACUGCGGGGUGGUUUCCAGGACGGACGUUCACCAGGCUGCAGCCCCGAAUUUCAAAGGGUGACCUGUGACCGUUGGCCACCCCCUCAGUUGCAGUCUCUCUCCCCACCACCAUGCGGGUGGCAGGCGUGAUCCGGUACACGGUGCUGCUCAUCACGCUGCUGAGCACAUGGUUCAUCGUGCAGACAUUCUUCGAUCGGAGCUGGAAGGCCAUCAGCCUGCGAAGCUGGCUCGGUGCCAUCAACAAGCCCAGCAGCAAGCAGCUGCCCCAGCACAAGUGCGGGAACAAGAAGAGCUGCCCCGAGGACCAUUUUGCCUUCAAGAUCAUCAGCGGCGCCGCAAACGUGGUGGGACCCUCCAUCUGCUUCGAUGACAUGGUCCUCAUGAGCAGCAUGAAAAACAACAUUGGCAGAGGCCUGAACAUCGCGCUAGUGAAUGGAACAAGCGGGCAGCUCCUGAAAACUGACACAUUCGACAUGUACUCUGGAGACAUUAACAAACUGGAUACCUUCCUCCAAGAGAUCGAGCAUGGCACCAUCGUGCUGACAGCCAGCUAUGAUGACGCUGCCACAAAGAUGAAUGACAAAGUACGGACACAAUUUGUGGAGCUGGGCAGCAGCCACGUGAGCACGCUGGGCUUCCGGGACAACUGGGUCUUCUUGGGAGCGAAAGGUCUGAAGAACAAGAGCCCCUUUGAAGAGCACAUCAAAAAUGAUGAGAAGAAAAAUAAAUACGAUGGCUGGCCUGAGAUGCUGGAGAUGGAGGGCUGUGCCCCCAGAAAGAUGGAUUAGCAUCAAGCCUCAGCCUGCCACGGAGGCAAGACCAGUGUCGCAGGGACCCCAGCCCCACCGCUGCCCGGUCACAUAGCCCAGCAGUGGCUGCCCACUCCCAGAAACUGGCCAUUUCACAUCAGGGGCUGCACAGGGCUUGGAGAAGAGCUGCACAAGUGCCUGCAGAGCCUGAGCAAACGCCCAGCCAGGUUUCAGCUGAGCUGUCCUCAUCUAUGGGUCAGUUUGGGGUAUUUUAUUUUUCUGUCUUUAAACCAAAAACUUUGUAGAAGGUUUUUCAGAUUUCUUAAAUAAGAUAUUGUAUUAUAAUACACUACCUUCUCACUUCCAUUUUCAAGCAUAAUCCACGCUUUUCCCUGCGGGCACAGCAUGCCGUGUCCUCUGCCACCAGCUGGGCAUCACCAUCACC